CUCUCCUUCUCUCAAAGCGUAGAGAUCUUUCUACGCUCUAUGAGUCUCGGCUAGACUCAUUUUCUCAUCUUUUAAGACUCACUAAGAAGAAUGAGGUUCCUAUGUUUAAAAUUAGCUGUCAAAUUGUUCUGUUUCUUCUGCCUUAUCAAAAUCGAAGUAGCUUCUCUUCAAGGAAAGGAUCCAAACAACCAAGCAGCGUUAAGCGGUUGCGUGAUCUUUAACUUCGAAAGUCCCCUCCAAGGAUGGCUCUUAUCAGGACAAGCCUUCAACAACCAACCAGUCUUCGGGGGCAACAGUACUGCCCCUGGUCACUAUGGCAACUGGCUAAUCGAUACCAAUAGUAAUGCUACGUCACCAUGUCAAAAAAGUAGGACGGUGAUUGGAGGAUCCCUUAAGGGGUUGAUGACGUCACCUCCCUUUCAAAUACGAGCUUCAAACUUGACUUUUUUGAUUGGAGGAGGAUGCAAUGCUUCAAAAGUGAGGGUCGAGUUGCUUGUUGACAACAAAACGUUGUUUGAAGAAACGGGUAACUGUAAGGAUUCCUUGGUCCGUAAAUACUGGGACGUCAAGGGACACCAAGGGAAAGUUGCGCAAAUCAGAAUUGUGGAUGACAGCCUUGAUGACGUUUGGGGAUAUAUUGCCUUUGACGACCUACGAUUUGCUGCUGAAUGUGAAGAACUACAGUCAUGUUCAGUCAAACAAUCUCUGUGUCUCGAGGGGAAAGAAAUGUCAAAAGGCUUUGUUUGUCGGUGUCAGUCAAACCAACUCGAAUCUUUACCAUGUGAAAACGACAACUGUACUAUUACCAAUGGCAACUGUCAGACGUUUUGCACCACGAAUGACUGCAAGUGCCAGCAGUGUACAUGCUCCAGCGGCUACACAUUCAACGCUAGUAAAUUAGCAUGUGAUGACAUCAACGAGUGCGCUAGGAAUUCUGGUGGCUGUAAACACGCGUGUGUCAAUACUCCAGGAAGCUACCGCUGUACGUGUCCGAGUGGGUAUCGCCUGGACAAUGAUAACAAAGGUUGUGUUGAUAUCAAUGAAUGUGACUCUCCUAAUCAAGGAGGAUGUAAGAACGCAGAAUGUGCUAACACUGAGGGCAGUUUCAACUGUAUAUGUAAAGAUGGAUAUAAAAAAGAAUCUAGCGACCCCUUAAGAUGUAAUGAUAUAGACGAAUGCGCCGAGUACCAGCCAUGUGAUUCAAGUCAACAAUGUGUCAACGUGCCAGGGUCCUUCCGGUGCGACUGUCCUGCUGGACUCCAUUGGAGCUCAACCAAGUGCGUCGAUACUAAUGAGUGCGCCACGUCUAAUGGCGGCUGCGAACAAGAAUGCGUCAACAUGGAAGCUUCAUAUCAUUGCUCGUGCCGGGCGGGAUAUAAACUCAACCCGGACGGAAAAACCUGCCAGGACAAAAACGAUUGUGAAACUAACAACGGCGGCUGCCAGCAAACGUGCCGAAAAAUUAAUGGAAGCUUAGAGUGUGACUGUGAAAUUGGCUAUCACCUUAGCAACGACAACGUCACGUGUCUUGACGUCAAUGAGUGCGAAAUCGACUCCAAAUGUACUCACAUCUGCAACAACACCGUUGGAGGCUAUAGCUGCUCUUGUCACCAUGGCUACCAACUCCAGCCUGACAAUGUCACGUGCCUUGAUAUAGAUGAAUGCUUAUUGGACAAAGGCAACUGUAGCCAACUGUGUGUGAAUACUAACGGUAGCUAUAGCUGUUCUUGUUACCAAGGUUACCGCCUGUCCAAUGACGGCUUGACAUGUGAAGGCGUUAAGGAGUGUCAGAUUUCUAAUGACUGUGAACAAAUCUGCACCAACACAAACGGAAGUCAUAAAUGCUCUUGUUUGCCUGGGUAUGAGUUAGAAAAGGACAACAAAAAAUGUCGUGACAUCGACGAAUGUUCCACAAAUCCCAAAGAACUGUGUGAAUACGCAUGCGUGAACUCCCCAGGAAGCUACGAGUGCGCAUGUCCAGCGGGCCUUUUUCUAAAUCCAGACAACCGAACGUGUAGUAGUGAUAUCGAUGAGUGUAAAAGCAACAACAAGUGCCAACACAAAUGCACCAAUCUGACUGGUUCCUAUAGCUGUAGUUGUUUCGAAGGAUUCGCCCUGAAACCAGACAACCAUUCUUGUGAGGAUAUCAACGAGUGUCUUCAAGACAAUAUUUGUGGAUACAAAUGCAGCAACACUCGGGGUGGCUAUCAGUGCUUGUGCCCAAAGGGGUUCAAGUUGACUGAUGAUCGGCGGACGUGCGCGGACAUCGAUGAGUGUCAAGUGGAAGGCACGUGUGAGGAGAACUGUACGAACUUAGUGGGAAGUUACCAGUGCUUUUGUUCUAAAGGGAAGGCUCUUCAGUCAGAUGGAAAGUCAUGUGAAGGAUGCCAGUAGUACAACAGAUCUGGUAGAAAUCACCAAAGCCUUGUCUGACUCGCUGACCGAAACAAAAAAGAUCAGUAGCAAAGAACUAAAGGACACGGUACAAGUGCUGGACCAACUGCAGUCAAAAGUCAUCAAGGAAAACAUCAAUUCUUCGGUAGUUUACGCCAAGUUGUUAUUAACGAAUUAUAUGAAGAUAGUGAGCAAUGUUCUACAACCAGACAACAAGGAGUCGUGGCAAAACAUAUCUGGGAAAUCGUCUGGAGUCGCCAGCCUACCGGCAAAAGUUGAAAAAAUGUCAAAGGCCAUCUUCAAACUCGUCCAAAACAAGAACAUGACAGCUCUCAAUGUUACAGUUAACAAUGAGAACAUAGAUCUUCAGUUUGAAGUGGCUAAAAGGAAAGAUUUUCAAGGCUUGGCAUACAGUGGUAAAACAACACGAGUGGAACUGGGCAAAUCUCUCGUACACGACGACUCAAGAAACAAUCAAGAUGAUUUCGUCGGGGUCACUAUUGUCGUCUACAAGAACCUUGACGUACACAUGGCCGCGAAUGGUGUCCCUGCACAAAUGGUGACCGAUGGUGAACCAGUGGUCAAUUCUGAUGUUAUUUCAGUUAAAGUGAUCAACGUGAACCAGGAAUACCUAGCAACGUUACAAGAUCCUGUAACGCUGCAUUUUUCACACAAAAAGUGGUCCAAUGCGCAGCCAUACUGCAACUUUAUAAACGACACGGCUGCUUCUCUAAUCUCGAAUGACAAUAUGCUGUGGGCUUCCGAGGGAUGCUGGGUAAACAGUUCCCAUGGCAACGUCACCGUCUGUCAAUGUAACCACACAACCAGCUAUGGGUUGUUGAUGGACGUUCAUCAAGUAUAUGAUAAUCUACACAAUACACAUAAAGAGGCCUUGAGGUACAUCUCUCUGAUUGGCUGCUCGAUAUCCAUUAUCUUCUGCUUUUUGACAGUCCUGGCUUUGACACUGGCAAUGCGUCGUCCACUGGAGAAAAAAGCGAGGUUCGAGACGUUCAAACUCCACAUCAACCUUGUCAUUGCGAUAGGAUUCGCGCAGAUUUGGUUUGUCGUUGGAUCCUUCUUAGUCGACGUUGAACUGGUGGCAUGUCGCGUCGUAUCCGUCUUUACUCAUUAUUUCCUGACUGCAUCGUUCUGUUGGAUGUUGGCCGAGGGAAUCAACGUCUACAACAAGAUCGUUAAGGUCUUCAGUACCAAGAAAUAUGGAAAAUUCUACUUCACUCUUGGAUGGGGUGUUCCAUUGGUCCUGGUUAUAGUCACAUCUGCGGCCGUGUUCAACAAGUACGGACCACAAAAUAUCUGUUGGCUACAAGAAGAGGUCAUCUGGGUGUUUGCUGUCCCAGUCCUUGUCAUCAUAGUCGCCAAUUUCUUCGUCCUCUUGUCAGUUGUCUAUGUGUUGCUGCGAAAGACCAUGGCAUUCACUUCUCUUCCAAACAAAGCAAAAGAAAGUCCUAAAGUCAAACGCACCUUCAAGGUUACGGUGGUUCUCCUUCCCCUUCUUGGUCUGACCUGGGUGUUUGGUUUCCUUGCCAUUGACGAAAACUUCAUCGUAUUCCAUUACCUCUUCGCCAUCAUCAACUCUCUUCAGGGCUUCUUCAUAUUCGUCGCUCAUUGCUGGAUCAACGACUCGAUAAGGGCAGCACUGCUGGAAAAAUUGCCAUCAUUCCCAGACAAGUACAAAGGUGGAACCACGAGUGCUGAAGGCAGCCAAAAGGGUACAACAGUGGAUUCAGCCACGUUCGACACACUCACUCAAUCUGUUCCAAUGCCUGUGCACAUCACCAUGUCAACUGUACAACUCCUGAACCUCGGUAAGAACGCCGAUUGCAAAACCUCGAGCGAGGCUGUCAAUGACUGCAUGGAUAUGGAGGAAGACAAUCAACUACCUGGACUUGCCCAGUAAGAACACCGCAAGAACUAAUUAUAAUUGAAAGUUAUAAAACGACUUUAUGUUAGGUCCUUCCCCUUUGACCAAGGAACCAGUUAGCUCAAUUUCGACUUCGAAAUGGUUUUGCCAACUGUCCUUAUAGUUUAACCUCAAACUCAAGUAACCUAUUUACAUUUGAGUGCUAUUACCACUUAAAUCUGGCAUCCUCAAUUGUGAACUAGGGACCAGGUAGUUCGACUAGUAGGAUAUUUUUUGAUAGAUAUGGAAAGAUAUCUAUUUCCGUCCCCAUGUAAAGCUAGAUAAUUACUGGGAUACCUGUGGUAUCACAGUCGUAAAAUGUCUUUUUUUUGUAUUUUUACUAGAUACAUUAGGGUGUUUAGGGCAAGAUAUACCUGUUACAUACAUAUACUCAUUUCAUCCAGUUGGGUCACUAAGCAUUAUUGCACAUUAUUGCAUAAGCAUUUUAAAAACUCGGUUAGGUUAGUCAUUUUUAUCUGCCGAUAGUGUUCAAAUGGACUUACUGCGGUAUUCGAUAUUCUGUAAACUACAAUAUUUCAACGGCUUGUUGUAAAAUUGGUUUUCACUACCGCCAGUCAAGAACAUGAAAGGUACCGACUGAUUAUUUUUGAUUGAUGGCAGCGAAAAACCAAAUUUCAGCGUGCAGCUUGUAACCACCGAGUUUGCAGAAUACCGAAGAAACCUUUAAUUUUUUGGGGUUGGUCUAAGUUAGAGCAUGGCUAACACACAGAUCAAUUUAGUUAAUUACUUACUUACAGAUAUUUACAGAUAGUUAAUUAACAUACAGAUGAAUUUAGUUCGUGAAGUUUUUUGUAGCGAUGAAAACCAGAGAAACUUAAGGAAUGUCCACGGUUCGAGGGCGAGACCUAACGAACUGUACUCACAGGUCAAGCCGCGUCCAGGAAUCGAACCAGAGACCAACAAGGUGCAAACCGAGUAACCAAUCGAAUAGGAAGCAAAUGUAAAUAAUCGGUGUUUAAUAUAGUAAUCUGUAAAUUGUGGACGGUAAUUAUUGGAUACUUACAGCGCUUCUUAAUUCACAAGCUUGAAAUCGUACAAUUUGGGGUCGUCACGAAGUAGGUUUUUGUGGACGCAAUGAAGGCGUUCCAUGACAUUCCAUAGGUAUGUACAUUUGAAAACUGUUGAAAACACUUUGAUUUGAUUAACGUCUACCCGUCGCAACUGCCGGGAAGCUGUACUAUUUCACGCGAGUGAUUGGGAAGUGCUGUAAAGUAUUACUUUUAUAGCCUAAAAAAAUAACCCCUUUUCGAAUAUGACGCCCUUUUGACAUCUAACCACAGGCAGCCCAAGCUGUAUUGUGGGCGUGGGAAAAAUGGUGCAAAACCUCUAUAGGAAAGCAUGUUAGCUUAGUACAUACCCGUCAAGAACUUUAAACAACUUUGUAAAUAAUAUAAUCAACUGUCACCGUCUAGUAAAAGUUUGAAGAUGUAAGAAGUAAAAACAAAAAAGCUCCAUAAAUAAAUGUUUGUAAAAUUCACCUGGUUUGGUGAUCGAAUAGAAUCAAAUUCACGAAUAGGAUGUAGAAAAAUGAGCAAAUUCAUGGGAGUAUUUCGGUGUUUUGGGAAGAAAAUUUCAAAAUUUAAGGGAGUUUUCAGCCAGGUAGAAAAACGUAAAAUGAGUUGCAUAAAUAAAAUGUUUGUAAAAUGUA